AAAGGAAGAAGACGCAAACCGAAGGCAGUUCUGCUUCGGACAUGUUUUACUGUGACACAAGGAAAGAACAGCCGAAAUCCGCUGUUUAUAUUAUUCUGAGCUUGAAAUUCAAGAGAUAACUUCCAUUUAAACGCAUACGACAAAAUGUCUUCAGACUUCGAAGCCUACGAGCAGGACUUUGGAACCGUUACGGCGGAAAUAACCAACAAAAUCGGCAGAAUUCCCAAGCUGGGUGGAGAGGAGAAGACGCAGCUGGUUCUAAAUGUCGACAAACAGCUUGAAGAAGUCAGAGAGUUGUUGGAGCAGAUGGACCUGGAGGUGCGGGAGAUCCCCGUCCAGAGCCGAGCCAUGUACAACAGCCGCCUGAAGAGCUACAAGCAGGAGGUGGACAAGCUGGAGAAGGACUUUAAAAGGUCACGUAUCGCCUACAGUGACGAGGUGCGCAACGAGCUCCUGGGGGAUGACGCCAGCUCCUCGGAGAGCCAGUUGAUAAAGUUACGCGAAGAGAGAGCGCAUCUGUUGGACAACACAGAGAGGCUGGAAAGGUCAUCGCGGAGACUCGAGGCCGGCUACCAGAUAGCGGUGGAAACUGAACAAGUGGGCCAAGAGAUCCUCUCUAACCUUCACACCGACCGUGAGAAGAUCCAAAGGGCCAGAGAGAGGCUGCGAGAAACGGACGCCAACCUGGGCAAGAGCUCUCGCAUCCUCACCGGCAUGCUGAGAAGGUAAGCGGCAGGAUCAUCCAGAAUCGCGUGCUGGUCUUCGUCCUGGGAGCCUUCAUCCUCCUCACCAUCAUCCUGGCCAUCUAUUUCAAUCUGCGGGGCCACUGAUCCCCAAAACACACACACGUACAUCCAUCUUGUCACCAACACAAACACACACACGCGUGAUUAAUAGCGACAAAAGCGUUGUUGGGCUGUAAUUAGGACAAAUGGUCACCAUGAAUCAAGCUUUUCCAACAGCUGACAAGGAUUUUUUCGCCCCCCCCCCCUCCUCCUCUUCUUCUUCUUGCUUUUUGUCCUCUUUCCUCCUCUGUCAUGCUCCGGCGUCCAUCUCCAGGGAUAGAAAAAGAUUCGUAGUGUUGAUCUCAGCUCGUUCUUUUCGGACCCGUCCACAAACGGGCGGGUGGCAGGGGGACAAACUCGGAUCUUCAGAAAGUGGCUUCGGAUAUUCGGAUAGUCCUCUCGCCCAUUUCAAAGCGCCGCGGGGGAUCAAUGACGGGCAAAUCUUUUUUCGUGAUUGUUAUGAUUAGUCAGAGAUUGAAUGAAAAUCAUGACGACCCCUUUCCUUUGACGGUACAUCCGAACAACGCCGACACGUUCCCUCACACUCAACUCAACUCAACUUCAUACUGUGUGUACUAACAUUGAAAUGGAUUUCAUGUAUAAGCCUGUAAGUGAUUCUGCUAUUUAUUUAUAAAGGUGUCUUCCCGUG